GUGCGUGUUCGCGGCGCCGGGGGCGGGCCCGCGGCGCGGCGCCGGAGGAGGAAGUGGUGCGGUUGUCGCUCCCUCUGCGCCCGCCGCUGGCUCCCGGGGCGCGGAGUGGGGCCGCAGUCGCUGCCGCUGCGUCGCGCUCUCCAGCUGUUCCCAUCCAUGUGCCCGGGCUCCGUCGUUCCCCUUCCUCAGGCCGCCGCUUACCCCGGGGUCUAUGGAAGUAAUGGAAGGACCCCUCAACCUGGCUCAUCAACAGAGCAGACGAGCAGAUCGUUUAUUAGCUGCAGGAAAGUACGAAGAGGCUAUUUCUUGUCACAAAAAGGCUGCAGCCUAUCUUUCUGAAGCUAUGAAGCUGACACAGUCUGAGCAGGCUCAUUUGUCACUGGAACUGCAAAGGGAUAGCCACAUGAAACAGCUCCUCCUCAUCCAGGAGAGGUGGAAGAGGGCAAAGCGGGAGGAAAGAUUGAAAGCCCAGCAGAGCACAGACAAGGAUGCCGCUGCCCAGCUUCAGGCAUCUCACAGAACCUCUGCUGAGGAUGCAGACAGCCAGAGCCCCCUACUCUCUCAGAAGUACAGCCCUUCUGUAGAGAAGUACUUGCCGGAAAUUCAGGGGGUCUUUGACAGGGAUCCAGACACACUACUGUUUUUACUUCAGCAGAAGAGUGAGCCAACAGAGCUGUGCAUUGGAAGCAAAGCCCCAAAAGAUGAUAAAACAAUUAUAGAGGAGCAGGCAACCAAAAUUGCAGAUUUGAAGAGGCAUGUGGAAUUCCUUGUGGCUGAGAAUGAAAGAUUAAGGAGAGAAAAUAAACAGUUAAAGGCUGAAAAGGCCAGACUUCUAAAAGGCCCAGUAGAAAAGGAGCUUGAUGUAGAUGCUGAUUUUGUAGAAAAGUCAGAGUUAUGGAGCUUGCCACCACAUUCAGAAACUGCUACAGCCUCUUCAACCUGGCAGAAGUUUGCAUCAAAUACUGGGAAAGCCAAGGAUAUUCCAAUACCCAAUCUUCCUCCCUUGGAUUUUCCAUCUCCAGAACUUCCCCUCAUGGAGCUCUCUGAGGAUAUCCUGAAAGGACUUAUGAAUAAUUAAAAUGGAAGGCCAUAGAAGAGGUGAAAAAAGGAAAUAAUAUGGUAAUUCAGUUAAUCCAGCAAAAAUCAAAAAGGGAAAACCACAUGCAAGGGUAAUCCCGGAGAUGCUGCAUCUGGCACACUGCAGAGAAGAGGCAUUGACGGACUCGGAAGCAGUCACUGUGAAAUUUGUCGCGCAUCAGAUUUACGGACUCGAGCUAAUGAUUCCAGACUUGGCAGACACUAAACUCUUGGAGGUUCACUUUCUCCUGAUACAAACCAAAUGGCUACCUGGAAUAAUUUUCAAGCAACAAUUAUUUUUCUUAUUCAGGGUUAAAAUGUGUAAAGUAUGUUAUGUGUAAUUAAUCUGUAAUGCCAUAAAUGAUAAUGCAAAACCUAAAUAAUAUGGUUGCCUGAGGGGCCGCCUUGUGUUUGAAGCAUGCUCCUAUCAUGCAUUGACCGUACGCAUCUCGUUAUGCACAUUUCCUCUGUUUGUUAAUAAGGUGUGUAAGACACACCGUUCUAGAAAAAACUGUGUGCCACACUUUGCACUACUCGUAACAUAAUGAUAACCUCAAGACUAUCAGGAGAAAUAUUUAAAUUUCCAUUUUAUGAAGAAAGGAACCAAAUUAUUAGUUAUGCUUUUUUUAAAAAAAAUUACCAGUUUACAUAAUUAAUCAGGGUGCAUUUUAAGUUCUAACUUUUUUUGUUUAUUGUAUAAUGCAUCAUUUGAAAAUACCAAGGAAAUAUCCUUCUGUUUUUAAUGAUGCAUGAGUGGAAGUAAUGCUAGUUGGCAGUAUUUGAUUGUAAGAAAUCAAUAAAGUAAUUGUAUUUUA